GCACGGCCAUCAACUCAUUAAACCCAAAACCAUGUUCACUUUGAAAUGGGCAAAACCUUAAAGGCAGAAUGUGUGACCUAAAAACUAAUUACCUCAAGAAGAAUCGAGGGUGGUCGACUGAUCGUAGUAGUCAUGUUAGGUAUAAAGCAUGUUUUGGCAUCAUUCCCCAACCAAAUCAUAAUAGCUUCGGUUGGUGACAUGUAAUAUUGAAUUUGAGUUAUAAUAUGUACUGUAAUUUGAUGUUACUUUUAAUUCGUUGUUUUUGAAAUCAAGAGCAAUGAUUCUCCACAGUGUUGAUGGCCUUUUCCAUAUUUUUGUUUUGAUCGUUAAUGGUUGCCAAAGCGACUUCAUGCGGAACAGAUAAAUUGUUGAUGUUUAAUUAAUUCUGUAUUUAUUGGUAUUAUUUGCAAUACAUCCUGAAUUUCUUAAACAUUUGGAUGUUUGAAUCAGAAAUAAUCUGGCAAGUGGCCAAUUUAGCAUAGUUCUUUCGAGGAACUUUAAAGGAAGGUUAAUUUCAACAGCCUGUCUACUAAUUGAUGACUAAAAGGAAUUUGACUCGUAAUUUAUUUUCAUCAUGGUUUCACUACACCAAAUUAUUUUAUGCAUAAGGUUCAUUGUUUUGUACUUCUUCCAUUUUAUUUUAACUAUCAUUUGAUUUUUUUUUUCAGGAAAGUAAAAAAGCGUAAAUUUUCAAUUCAAGUUUUAAUUGAAUACUGAAUUCACUAAUAGUAUUUAUUAAUUUUUAAAAGAUAAAGGAGAUUUUUUUUAUUAAAAAUUAUAGUAAAUUCAUAAAAUGACAUUCAUUUUAUAAUAUUUUUAAAUCGUAUUGAAUUUGAAACGAUUGAAAACUAUAUUAAUUUGAAAACAAAGAAGAUACAAUUUAUAGUCAAAAAUACUUGUUUGUUAAAUUUGGUGGUUUGUUUACAUGAAUAACAGUUAAAAUAUUCAAAAUUUUGAAACUUGGCAAAUUUUAGUGGUUUUAGAACAAAUCCAUUCCAGUUUUACAAAAAAAAAAAAAAAAAUUAGUUGAAAAGUAAAGUGAAAAACAGUUAAUGAGUGACAAUUGUUUAUUGAGUUCCUCUCAUAAUGUUGUUAAAAGUUCUCAUAAGAAUCUUUUUCAAACUUUAUUUCUUGUCUUUUACAAUUAUGUUUAAUCUUACAAUGCCCAUGUGAUACUUUAAGUGGAUGUCCUUUUUUUUUCUUUAAAGUGAAUGUCCUUUUAGCGAGACGCGAGACCAUUGGCUGUUUUGCUUCAUGUAAUAAUUGUAUGGCUCGGUAUCGACAACGUUACAACUUGCCGUGUUGAACUAUAUAUUGAACAAACAGAGAGCAAUAUCGAUUCCAUGGCAGCACAAACAAACAAAAACAAUGGCAAUCUCUUUGCUCUGUUUUUGCCUCAUUACUCUCGUUACACUAAUCUUAAUCGUAAAGAAGAUUAAACACUCUAAAUGGAAUCUCCCUCCAAGCCCUCCUAAGUUUCCGGUCAUCGGAAAUUUACACCAGAUCGGAGGAUUGCCUCACAGGUCCCUUGAACGUCUCGCCAGAAAAUACGGACCAGUGAUGCUUCUCCACUUUGGGUUUGUUCCUGUCGUUGUGGUCUCAUCGAGAGAAGCAGCUGAAGAAGUGCUUAGAACUCAUGACCUAGACUGUUGCAGCAGGCCUAAGCUUGUCGGGACAAGGCUACUCUCACGGGACUUUAAAGACAUCGCUUUCACGCCGUACGGUGAAGAGUGGAAGGAGCGGCGCAAGUUAGCCGUGCGUGAGCUUUUCUGCCUCAAAAAGGUCCAAUAUUUUAGGCAUAUUAGGGAGGAAGAAUGUAACUUUCUAGUCAAGAAACUGUCGGAAUCCGCUGUGUGUGGGUCCGCCGUUGACUUAAGCAAAGCCCUUUUCUGGCUAACCGCGAGUAUCCUGUUUAGAGUUGCCUUCGGACAAAACUUCAACGAGAGCAAGUUUAUCGACAAGGAAAAGAUCGAAGAGCUCGUGUUCGAAGCAGAGACUGCCCUAGGUAGUUUCACUUGCUCUGAUUUCUUCCCAAUUGCUGGACUUGGAUGGCUCGUUGACUGGCUUUCAGGACAACACAAGAGACUCAAUGAUGUUUUCUUCAAGCUUGAUGAUCUGUUUCAACGUGUGAUUGAUGAUCAUUUGACUCCUGGAAGAUCAAAAGAUCACCAAGACAUCGUCGACUCUAUGUUGGAUAUGAUUCAUAAACAAGGCCAAAAUGGUUCCUUGAAUCUCACGGUAGAUCAUAUCAGAGGUGUCCUCCUGAAUAUAUUUCUUGCAGGGAUAGACACAGGGGCCAUAACCAUGAUAUGGGCAAUGACAGAGCUUGCUAGAAACCCUAACCUGAUUAAGAAAGUUCAAAGCGAGAUCCGAGACGCUUUUGGCAAUAAUAAGAAGACAAUCACUGAAGAAGAUGUCGAGAAAGUUCCUUAUUUAAAGAUGGUGAUCAAAGAAACAUUCAGACUACACCAUGCAGUUCCUCUUUUACUCCCAAGGGAAACAAUGGUUCACAUAAAAGUUCAAGGCUACAAUAUUCCCCCUAAGACACAGAUCUUGGUCAACGCUGGUGCUAUAGGAAGAGACCCCAAACUCUAGACUAACCCGGAAGAGUUUAACCCAGAGAGGUUUGUCAAUAGCCCUGUGGAUUAUAGAGGACAAUACUUCGAGCUCUUACCAUUUGGCUCUGGUAGAAGGAUAUGUCCUGGUAUGCCCAUGGGGAUGGCUACUGUCGAGUUGGGACUCUUGAACUUGCUUUACUUCUUUGAUUGGAGUUUGCCUGAUGGGAUGACACAUGAAGAUAUUGAUACAGAAGAAGCUGGUACUCUUACUAUCGUCAAGAAAGUACCUCUUAAGCUUGUUCCAAUUCGAGUUAUGUGAUCAGAAUUUUUAAAAUGUUUUGAGUAAUUAACAUUAUGCCGUUGCUGUAAUGUUAUGUUUGCGUAUGCGAUUUGUGGCCUUGUCCGUCUGUCUUUUUGAA